UUUAUAAUAAAAUCAGAAAUUCCAUUUCUUCACCAGCUCUAACUGACAGAAUCUUGCCAAAAUUCAACGCCCCUCACUCCCUGCAAAUCCAUCUCACUGCAAACUCCACAUCCAAUUUGGAGCUAUUAUACUCUGUUACUAUUAAUCUGAAGAAAUUGCAAAAAAAAAAAAAAUAUGGGAUCAGUGUUUGAUGAAAAAGAUUUCUUGGCAUGCUGUGGGAGCACUAAAUUCGGAAAGGAGAUGGUAGCAGCUGCCCCCUUUUCCACUCUCCAAGAUUCCAUUCGUGCUGCCAGACAUAUCUGGUUCAACAAGGUUGAUGUAAAUGGAUGGCUUGAAGCUUUUGCUGCUCAUCCACAAAUUGGUCAAAGCCCUUCCAAGAAUCACCAAAGCCCUACUUUUGCCCAGUGGAGUAAGGGAGAGCAGUCAACAGCUCUGGCCACUGCUACUGAUUCUACAUUACAGGAACUGUUUGAGUGGAAUGCUCGCUAUAGGGAGAAGUUUGGAUUUGUCUUCUUGAUAUGUGCUUCAGGGAGAAGUACCCCUGAGAUACUUGCAGAGUUGAAGAUACGGUACCAGAACAGACCAAUAAUUGAGUUUGAGAUUGCAGCCCAGGAGCAAAUGAAAAUAACUGAAUUACGCCUUGCCAAACUCUUCACAGAGAAAGCAGAUACUGCACCAACAAUUAAACCGUUGGCUACAACUAAUAUUGCGAGAAAAGCAGAAGAAGAUCGUGUGAACAUUAUUGGAGCACAUUUGACUGCUGCAACUGGAGAUGCUGGAGCAAAACCAGCUCAUAUUCCAAAUAGAACUCGCCCGCCCAUCACAACCCAUGUUCUUGAUACUAGUCGUGGAUGUCCAGCGAGUGGCAUUGAAGUGCAACUAGAGAUGUGGAAAGACAACCAAACAAGACCACAAUUUGGCAAAGCAAAUAUUGGUGGGUGGAAAGUACUAGGGUCUUCAGCUACGGACAAAGAUGGUCGAAGUGGUCAGUUGAUGAAUAUGGUUGAAGCUUUGGCUCCAGGAAUAUACCGGAUAAGUUUCAACACAGGUGAGUAUAAUCCUGAUGGAUUCUUUCCCUAUGUCUCUAUUGUCUUUGAGAUCAGAGAGUCCCAGAAAUGGGAUCAUUUUCAUGUUCCUCUUCUGCUCUCUCCAUUCUCAUUCUCCACAUAUCGUGGUAGCUAGUUUAAUAAGGUGGUUGGUAAGUGUUGAAAAUUUUCACGAGAAUAAUACUGUAUUUUAUUUGGAUGAAUGAAUCACUUACCCUUAUGCUUUGCCUGGAAAUUGUAUUUCUUCUAUCAGUUUGUGUUUCCAGAUUAAGCUACAAAUUGACAUAGUGGUUGUAAAUAUAAGUGUUUCUUUUUCCAGA